AGAGAAAGAGCGCCUUCGGCUCUCUCGAGCCCGAACGAGUGGUCGAGCGAGGCGACGUAGAGGGGCGCCGAAUCUAAGCCCGAUAACGAACCAGCUGGUGGCACUGUCGUCGUGCGACGUUUACGUGGAGGUACGACCUUCGCGAAAAUCCAUUUUCCCGUGGCACACGGUCGAUGAUUCGUACGGUCGGGUCCCGAAAAACGACAGAGACGGACGGUUGUACGCGGAGAGGAACAGGAGGAUUCGUCGACCAUCGAUCCACGGGCGACUCUCGAUCGGGACGAGGCGAAAAACAAGACUAAAAGGGGGGGCGAAAAAAAAAAAAAAAAAUAAAAACAUAAACAUGCCGUGACCGUACUUCGAGUGACACCAAGAUGUACUGUAAGACCGUAGAAAAUCCGCGGUGCUCAUAGCACGUACGAUUCACGUUCGAACGGCCGUCGUAGGUAGUCGUUAUCUGUGCUCCUGGUGUGUGCGAGUGUGCUCGAAGACACGCGUGUGACCGUGGGUGCUGCUCACCUCCGCUCGUACCUGACCUGACCCAGGUGGACCGCCUGGACCAACAACGAUGACUACGAGGGAGUUGUACAGCAAGGGUGGUAGAGUAUGGGUACCACAUCCGGAAAAGGUUUGGGAAGGCGCGGUGCUCCUGGAGGAUUACAAGCUGAACCAGCCGCGGUUGAAGGUCCACACGGACGACUCGAACCAAACGAAGACUCUGGAAAUAAAAUCGGACGCUGACCUUCCGCCCCUGAGGAAUCCCGAUAUACUCAUAGGGGAGAAUAAUUUGACGUCGUUGUCGUUCCUUCACGAGCCGGCCGUCCUUUACAAUCUCCAGAUACGGUUCCAACGACAUUGCAUUUACACGUACUGCGGCAUCGUUCUGGUCGCCUUCAAUCCGUACAAUGAGCUGCCCAUUUACGGAAAUGAUACGAUUUGGGCGUACAGAGGUCAGGCGAUGGGCGACCUGGAGCCCCAUAUAUUCGCCGUCGCCGAAGAGGCUUACACGAAAUUGGAAAGGGAGGGUCACGAUCAGUCCAUCAUCGUUUCCGGUGAGUCAGGCGCCGGAAAAACGGUAUCUGCGAAAUAUACGAUGCGAUAUUUCGCCACUGUCGGCGGCUCGACGACGGAAACGCAGGUCGAGAAAAAGGUCCUCGCCUCUUUGCCGAUCAUGGAAGCGAUCGGUAAUGCAAAAACAACGAGAAACGAUAACUCCUCGAGGUUCGGCAAGUUCAUUGAAAUUCAGUUUAACAAGCAUUACCACAUAACGGGGGCCAGCAUGAGGACUUACCUCCUCGAAAAAUCGAGGGUCGUAUUCCAGGCAAACGAGGAAAGAAACUACCACGUCUUUUACCAAAUGUGCGCAGCCGCGAGGCGACUUCCUCACUUACAUUUAGGCCAUCAGGAUAAUUUUCACUACCUGAACCAAGGAAACAAUCCGGUAAUAGAUGGCGUGGAAGAUUUGGCCUGUUUCGACGAGACGAUUAACGCACUUACCAUGCUCGGAUUCACGUCCAAACAGCAGGACGAUAUGCUCCGUAUUUUAGCGGCUAUAAUGCACAUAGGGAACAUUAAUAUACAGAGCUCCGAGGCUCAGAAUUCGAACAACGAUAAAGAUACCGACGCCAGCUAUAUUCCCCCGUCAGACAAGCAUCUGUUGACGAUUUGCGAGUUGUUAGGCACCGACGUGAGCGCGAUGAGAAAAUGGCUGUGCCAUAGAAAAAUCGUAUCGAUGAGGGAGGUGUUUCUGAAACCGAUGAACGUGGAGCAAGCGAUCGGCGCAAGGGACGCGCUGGCCAAGCACAUUUACGCGGAACUGUUCAGUUGGAUCGUGACUGGUAUCAAUAAUUCCUUGCAAUCCAAGAACAAACCCCAGUGCUUCAUCGGCGUGCUCGAUAUUUACGGGUUCGAGACGUUCGAGAUCAAUUCGUUCGAGCAGUUUUGCAUAAAUUACGCGAACGAAAAGCUCCAGCAGCAGUUCAAUCAGCACGUCUUCAAGCUGGAACAGGAGGAGUAUCUCAAGGAAGAGAUCGAGUGGACGUUCAUAGACUUCUACGAUAACCAGCCCUGCAUCGACCUGAUAGAAACGAAGCUGGGUAUCUUGGACCUGUUGGACGAAGAGUGCAGAAUGCCGAAAGGUUCGGACAGUUCCUGGGCUGAGAAGCUGUACGCGAAGUGCGGGAAAUUGAAGCACUUCGAGAAGCCACGUUUCGGCACCUCCGCUUUCCUGAUCCAUCAUUUCGCGGAUCUGGUCCAGUACGAGACAGUCGGGUUUUUGGAAAAGAACAGGGACACCGUCAUCGAGGAGCAGAUCGACGUGCUACGAAACGGAGAUAAUAAACUGUUGAAGAAGUUGUUCAGCGAGGAGGAUCCGAAGCUCGCGGUACCGACGAACGUGAGAGUUAAAAUUUCCGCUCAGAAGCCAUUAUUGAACACGCCCAAGCAAAAUAAGAAAACGGUGGGAUCGCAGUUCCGAGAUUCUUUGAAUAUGCUGAUGGCGACGUUAAACGCGACCACUCCGCAUUACGUGCGCUGCAUCAAACCGAACGAGACAAAGGAAGCUUUCGAGUACAACCCCGUUCGCGCGGUCCAGCAAUUACGAGCUUGCGGUGUACUGGAAACAAUCAGAAUAUCCGCGGCCGGAUUCCCCAGUCAAAGAACGUACAGUGAAUUCUUCCUUAGGUACAGAUGUCUGUGCAAAUUUAAGGACAUACGACGCGACGAUCUCAAAGAGACCUGCAGACGCAUAUUGGCAAGGUAUAUCAAGGAUGAGGACAAAUUCAAAUUCGGCAAAACAAAGGUCCUCUUUCGGGCUGGUCAGGUGGCCUAUUUGGAAAAGCUUCGGGCCGAGCGGCAGCGCGACGCUUGCAUCAUGAUACAGAAAACAGUACGCGGUCUAAUAUAUCGUAACAGAUACGGUAAGAUACGACGAGCCGUGCUUGGCCUUCAGAGGUACGGCAGGGGUUACAUCGCCAGGCAGAAAGCUCGAGCCGUGAGGGAAGAAAGGGCCGCGAUAAAGAUUCAAGCUCACGUGAAAGGUUGGCUGAAGAGGCGUCGAUACGUCCAAAUAAAGCGCACAAUUAUUGGCAUUCAGACGUACGGCAGGGGUAAAAUGGCGCGGGAGAGGUACAGGUUGAUGAAAGACAACGCUGCCGCGACGGUAAUUCAGCGAUUCUGUCGUGGAUACCUGGCGCGGAUGGCGUGCAAACAGAAACUGAAGGAUAUCGUCAUCGCCCAAGCUGCCGUGAGAAGAUACCUGGCGAAGAAAAUGUUCCGAAGAUUGAAGGCUGAGGCGAGGAGCGUGGAGCACGUGAAGUCCUUGAACAAAGGAUUAGAGAAGAAGAUCAUCAUGUUGCAGCAAAAGAUCACCGAUCUCACAAAGGAAAAUCAAGGAUUGAAGAACGUUCAAAACGAAAUAGUGGAUCUGAAACACAAGCUGGAGGCGCUAAAAGCGGUAGAUGUUGAGAAUAAGAAACUGCACGUCACGCUGUUGGAGAAGGAGAAAGAAUUGGAUAAGAUGCAAGAUUUGAUAAAGGUUGAAAGGGACGAAAAGAUGGACAUUUUGCAGGACAAGGAAAAAAGCAGUCUCGAGAAGCAGAACGAGAACGAGAAGCUCCAAGAUCAACUCGAAAAAUUACGAAAAGAGCUUUCGGUGGCUAACGAGAAACUGAAGAACAACCAACGCGGCGCUGAAGAGAACUUGAAGCAUCGUUUGGAGCAAGAGAAGGAUCUACUCCUGCUGGAUCAGGAUCAGGAUCGCGGCGCUUAUCAGCGACUGUUGAAAGAGUAUCACGAGUUGGAGCAACACUCGGAAAUGUUGGAGCAGCAGCUCGCGAUGCGCGCUCCCGCGCACUCUCGUUCUCUCAGCAAUGCUUCCAGCGGUAGCGGGCAAAUCAUGUCCACGGAACUUCCGCCUGAUGAUCUGAAUAUCGAUCUAGGGUACGGAUCGGUACGAUCGACGGCUCCCUCUUCGACUGCUUAUUCACGGGUAGAAACGAUCGAUUGGAAUCAACAGCGAUCGGAUAGUCCAUUGGAUGGGGAGGUGCAAUCGCAUAAAUCGCCUCCCGAGACGAACGGACCGGCACACGCGCCGGUGGACGUCGGUCUUGUCCUGAAACUUCAACAGAAAUUGAAGGACGUUGAGAAAGAAAAGGGAAGAUUGAUUAGGAUGGUAGAAGAUUUGGAGCGCGACAAUCCUGAAGAGACUUCGAGGACACAAGACACGUUCAGGCUUCAAGAACUCGAAAUGGAAAACGCUCAACUGAAGAAAGAUUUAGGUACGCUCAGGAAGUGCGUGUCCUCUGCAGGUUUACCAGGUGCACAACAGAAUCUUAUGGGGCAAUUCGACGCGCUUCAGGAAGAGCUCGAGAGAAGAAGAGAAGAGUGCAUUCAGUUGCACAGCGUGUUGGCCGAUAACACGCGAAGAAUGAAGAGCUUAGGCUCGAACUAUGGCCGGGACGUGGACAUUAUAAACGAGGACGGGGAACUGGUGCUCGCGUUCGAAACGCAGAAAAAGAUCAACAGUAAACUUAAGACAAAGCGAAAGGCCUCGAGAGAACAAUUAGAGGACGAGCUACAGACGAAAGAAAAAGGUUGGCGGGAGCAAAGAAACGAAUGGCGGGCGGAAAUCGACAGGCUGCAGGAAGAAAUUGAGAAGCAACAGAAGUUGCUCUCCGUGAAUCUGAGCAAAUCGCCGCAGACUCAGAACGAGGCCUACAUGCAGCACGAGAUUGCCCGAUUAACGUCCGAAAAUUUGGAACUGCAAGAGAAAUAUGACAAAAUAGCAGAGGAAUGCAGAAAAUUCAAGAGACAAUGCAAAAUUCUCGCGAAACGUCUGCGAGAUGCAGGUUAUGAGGGCGACGAUAAGGAGAAUAAGGAUCGGCCUUAUAUUUCAAAGGGCGCCGUGCUGGAUAACGCGGAACCAACGAGUGAUCCGGCAAUAUCUUCCACUGGUAAUUCAGGAGACAACGGUAGCAACAUGCCAGCCAUUCGAAAGAAAGAGAGGGACUAUCAGGGCAUGUUUGAGUGCAGCAAAGAGGACAUUAACAUAGUAAUACGUCAUCUAGUUAUAGACUUGAAACCCAGGAUUGCGGUAACAUUGCUUCCUGGCCUGCCAGCGUACAUCCUUUUCAUGUGCAUCAGGCACACAGAUUGCAUAAAUGACGACAAGAAAGUCAGACAAAUAUUAACAACUUACCUGAACGCUGUGAAACGCGUGGUAAAAAAGCGUGAGGAUUUCGAUUCAAGCGUGCUUUGGCUCAGUAACACACUGAGAUUACUGCACAAUAUGAAACAAUACUCUGGAGACAAACCGUUCCAGCUGGAGAACACACCGCGACAGAACGAGCAAUGUCUCAAGAAUUUCGAUUUAAGCGAGUACCGGGUCGUGUUGAGUAACGUGGCGUUGUGGAUCUUCAAUAACAUCGUGACUAACCUAAAAGAGAGAAUUCAAGCUCUGACCGUACCUGCUCUCUUGGAACACGAGGCCAUAACUGGCUUGGACUCUAACAAACCAGGUCGACCUCGAUCCUCGUCGAUGGGGGAAGAACCAGAGUCGACGCAACAAAAGCUCGAGAAACUUCUAGACGAGCUCUCUACCGUUUACAAAACCUUGCAGUAUCACGGCGUCGAUCCCGAGAUCGUCGUGCAGCUAUUCAAACAACUUUUCUACUUCAUGUGUGCCAGUGCUUUGAAUAAUCUACUUUUGAGGAACGAGCUUUGCCGUUGGACAAAAGGUAUGCAAAUAAGAUAUAAUUUAAGCCACCUGGAGCAAUGGGGAAGGGACAGGCAAUUAGAACCGGCCACGGAGGCGCUUCAACCGAUCAUCCAAGCCGCGCAGCUUCUUCAAGCACGUAAAACGGACGAGGACGUAAAUUCCGUUUGCGAAAUGUGCAACAAACUGACCGCAAAUCAAAUAGUAAAGAUUUUGAAUUUGUACACGCCUGCUGACGACUUCGAGAGUCGCGUGCCUGUUUCGUUUAUUAAGAAAGUGCAAGCCAAACUUGACGAGCGGUGCGAGAACAACGAACAACUGCUGAUGGAUCUAAAGUAUUCGUAUCCAGUAAGAUUCUCGUUCAACCCGUCUGACAUUCGAUUAGAAGAUAUCGAAAUACCGGAAGUACUUCAUUUGCCCAUGCUCAAGAAAGUGUAAUCAUAGUAAUCAAAAAAUUUAGAGGCCCCGCUGCGCAUGUAACUUUUAGUUGAGUAACCGUCUAACGAGUAAUGAAAUUUGCAUAGCCUAUUUAUUAAAAAAAAAAAGUGAAGAAAAAAAGAAAAAAAGUCAAACAAUUAACGCCGUUGAUUGUUUCACUUUCCGAGUUAGAUAAUGCAUCGAGCGGGUCAUCGAUAUCAUGUUUUGUAUGUUUUUUUUUUACUCCAGUAAUUUGUAUUUUACGAUGCAUAAUUCCUAUCCGUGUCCAUGUGAAACAUGUUGGUUUAUAGGAUAUGUUCCAUGGAUGAUAAAAAAAGAAAAAAACAUAUUUUUCGUUGUUCUUAGCGUAUAACGGUAUACGUCGAGACUUGAGAACGGUGUAAAUGUGUGUAACGCUCUGCUGGAGCUUGCAAUUCAUACAUCUGAAUUGAAUUAGUAUUAUUAUAAAGAGGAGCAGCGAAAUAUUAAGAUGCAGGUAUGCACGACGAAACGAAGUGCCGAAUUCUAUGUUGAAAAAUACAGAAGUAUUGUUAUCGAGAUUAAUGAAGUUUAAAGCAACGCGUUGUUCUCUCGAUAUUGUUAGUCUAUCGAAAAAAUGUUAUGGCAAGUAUUGCAACUCCAAGCAAGAACUUUAUGCGUGCAAUAUUGGUAAUCCAUUGGGGAUGUGUACUUAAUAUGUAAAAAGGGAAAGGCGAGGAAGAGAUAUAAUGUUACGUUGGGAUAGAUUGUAUAUUUUGUGAUACGAGAAAGAUUAAUUACCAAGUCGGUUCCCAGAAACCGAAGACAAGAGGAUACGAAAGAAACGAGCGGGAGAGAGUAAGACAGGUAUAUAUUGUUGUUAUAAUAUAAUUUAUAAAUAUGUACAAGCGAUUGUAUUUUGUGCCAUUUUAUUAGUAGAACGUAACCAAAUUCUGUUUCCUACAUUGAUCUGCAUUUACGUUUACGCUUUACGAAUACAUUCUAUAGAACCUAACCUUUUGUAAACAAAAUCCCUUCUCCCGGAGUGUACAUACAGAGAGAAGAAUCUGUUAACACGAUUAUACCUUGACUCGAUGUGACAAAUUUAUUUGUUCCUACAAUGAAAAUAAAGAGAUCGUUGAUGGAAAGAUGGACCC